GAUUCAUUCCUUCUUUAUUUUCGUUUGACAAAAUGGCACCGACCAAGACCGCCGUUGUGCGCAAGACUGUUGAAGCCCAGCAGGCUCAGAAGACCAAGGUCAACGCCGCGAUCGCCGCCGCCAAGGCACCCGCCGCCGCUGCCGCCCCUAAGGCUGCUGCUGCUGCUGCCCCUACCGCUGCUGCUCCGGCUAAGGCUGCUGCACCUGCCAAGGCUGAUGCGGCUGCUGCUCCCAAGGCUGCUGCCAAGGCUGCCAAGCCCGCUGCUACCCCUGCCGCCGCCCCCAAGGCCCCCGCUGCUGCCGCCCCUAAGGCUGCUGCAUCGACCGCGAUCGCCGCCGCUGCGCCCAAGACCGAGAGCGAUCCCGUUGCCGUCCCCAGCUUGCUCGAUUCCGGCCUGGUCCAACGUGCGUCGAACGCGCUCAUCCAGCACAUCAAGAAGGUCACUGCCGAGAACAAGUCGAACGCGCUGCUCGGCGGCAGCAGCGACGACGCUGUCUGGAUGCAGCUCGGCCUCAAGAAGAUGCCCGACCACACUCGCAGCAUGAUUCCCGUUCCCCUUGCCCACGGCCUGUACACCAACCAGCACUCGGUCUGCUUGAUUACAAAGGAUCCUCAGCAAGAAAUGAAGGCGUUCAUUAAGGAGCGCAACAUUGAGGGCAUCCACAAGGUGAUGGGUGUUUCAAAGCUCCGCUCCAAGUACAAGACUUACGACACCAAGCGCGAGCUCGCUCGUCUUUACGAUCUUUUCAUUGCUGACGACCGAGUCAUCCCCAUGCUGCCACGCCUUCUUGGCAAGCCCUUCUUUGAGAGGAAAAAGCUGCCUGUGCCAGUGAGGCUCACCAAGAACGUUGCCCGAGAGAUCAACGCUGCGCGCACUUCUACAUACAUGACCCUCACGCACGGCUCGUGCCUGUCGGUUCGCAUCGGUCGUGCUGGCUUCACGGGUGAGCAGCUCGCUGAAAACAUUUUCGCUGCCAUCCCCACCAUUGUUGCCAACAUUCCUCGCGGCUGGAAGGGCAUUCAGUCCAUCAACCUUAAGACUGCCAACUCCCUCGCCCUUCCCAUUUACAACUCGCUGCCCAUCGCCGCUGUAGACGACAACGACGACGACGAAUACACUCGCUAUGCCAUCCCUGCGUCGGCUGUGCCUGCUCCCGCAAAGCCCUCGGCAAUGGAGGUGGUUCCCGCCGAGAAGAAGCAGGUCAAGCCUGCCGCCGCGACGUCAGUUAAGGCUGCCAAGGCUGCCAAGGCUGCCAAGGCUGCGGCUGCUACUCCCGUCAAGGCUGCUGCUACUCCUGCCAAGGCCGCCACCCCUAAGGCUGCCGCCCCCGCACCCGCAAAGACUGCCACUCCCGCAAAGGCCGCUGGUGCCGUGCCGAUGCAAAUUGAAGCACCUGCACCAGUCGCCAAGGCGGCUGCUACUCCUGCCAAGGCGCCUGCCGCCACUCCUGCUAAGGCGGCUGCUGCUACUGCCACUCCUGCUAAGGCCGCUGCUCCUGCUCCUGCUGCCACUCCUGCCAAGGCCGCUGCUACUCCUGCCAAGGCCGCUGCUCCUGCUGCCACUCCCGCCAAGGCCGCUGCUGCACCGGCUGCUGCCCAGACGCCCAAGUCGAAGGAAACGCCAAAGCCCGCAGCCGCCGCCGCCGCCAAGACUCCCGCAGCGAAGGCUGCCGCCCCAGACGCUGCAGUCAGCACCCCUGUUGCGGCCGCCAAGCCCCCAGCGGCCACAUCGACCAAGACCCCCGCCAAAACCCCGAAGGCUGCUGCGAAGGCUAUGGACGUGACUCCUGACGCCAAGUCUGCCUCGGCUGCUCCAUCCACCCCUAAGAACGCUACUCCCAAGUUCUCUCCAAUUGGCACCCGAAGCGGCAAGAAGCUGGCACGAAAGUAAAUGCAGUUCUCUUAGCGUCGCCGUGUCCACUUUCUUAUUGUAGUUGCAAAUGGAUUUUUCUUGUCAUGUUCUUGUUUCUUGUUGUUCUCUUUUUUUUUUCUCUCAAAUCUUAACGCGAUCACAUCCUGGAA